CUCUGAUCUCUCAACUCAUCUGCAUCCAUCACCCUCCAUCCUCCUCAUCUUGUCCUCUCUUCAUCGAUUUGUUCAUCCUACACCUCCGCCGAUUAUCCCCACCACCCCGCGCUACCCGUGCGCCCGCGCCCGCGACAGUUAGCCCGCGCGCCGUCCACUGUAAACACGCCCACUUCGGCGCGCGUCGCACUUGCCCGUCGACCACAUUGCAUCCCCCUUCACACCACUCCUGUCACCCACCUCCACUUCCUCCUUGAAGGCCCACUUGUGUCUCUACCGGCCACCACCACUUGCGGAAUUAUGGCCCGAACAGCCUCGAUCGGCGGCCGCGCACCAGACGCAGGCCCUCGCAAAGUCAAGCAGACUGCGAGCCGGAGUACAGGUGGCAAGGCGAUUCAGCGGCUUCCACAAGUAGCACAGCCCAAGCGUCCGCACCGCUAUCGCCCUGGUACCGUUGCGCUUCGUGAGAUCCGAAAGUAUCAGAAGACUUCGGAUUUGCUGCUGCAAAAGCUGCCCUUCUCGCGAGUGGUUCGAGAGAUCGCAGUCAAUAUGACCUCGGCGGGACUGGGCGAACUGCGCUGGCAGAGCAGCGCCAUUCUCGCCCUGCAAGAGGCGGCCGAAGCGUAUCUCGUCCACCUGUUCGAGGACUCCAACCUUUGCGCGGUGCACGCCAAGCGCGUCACGCUCAUGGUCAAGGACAUGCAUCUUGCACGGCGGUUGCGCGGGCCGUGGGGAGGAUUGGGAUAGGCGCUGCAUCAGGACGCGGUUCAGUACUAGUGUUUCAUAGAUAUUUCAGCGCGGCGCGCAUAAUGGGAGAUGUA